CCGGUAACCGAGGAUCGCCCCCCGGGACCCCCUCGUUAUCCCCGGAUUUAAAUCCCUUUAUCCCCCCCAAAAUUCCCGAAAAAUUCCCGGGGUUUCCUCGGGAUUUAAGGCCCCAAAAUCCGCGGGAUUUUCUCUCGUUCUUUCCCCCGGGAUCGCCCCAAAAUUCCCGGAUUUUUUUGGGGAUUUAACCCCAAAUUUCCUCCAAUAUUCCCCUGGAUUCAACCCCCGAAAUUCGCGGAAUUUUCUCGGGAUUUAAUCCCAAAAUUCCCAAAUAUUCCCUGGAUUUAUUCCCAAAAAAUUCCCGGAAUUCUCUGGGAUUUAACUCCAAAAUUCCCCAAUAUUCCUCCAAAAUUACCGAAAUUUUUUUCUGGUAUUUAACCCGGAAUUCUCCCAAUAUUCCCAAAAUUCCCUCGGGAUUUAAGGCCCAGAAUUCCUGGGAUUUAAUCCUUUCAAAAUUCCCAAAAAAUCCCAAAAUUCUAACUGGGAUUUAACCCCAAAAAUUCCCGAAAUUCUGACGGGAUUUAAUCCCCAAAAUUCCCAGGAUUUAACCUCUCCAUCCCCACUUUUCCUCCCUGUAUUUUUCCCAUUUUUCCCUCAUUUUCCCCCAUUUUUUGCCCCCAAAAUUCCUUCGGGAUUUAACUUCUCCAUCCCAGAUAUUUUCCCUCCUAUUUUCCCAUUUUUUCUCCCUUUUCCCUCCUAUUUUUCCCUAUUUUCUCCAAUUUUUUUUCCUCCAUUUCCCUCCUAUUUUCUCCCUUUUUUUCCCAAAUUAUUUUCUCAAUUUUCCCCAUUUUUUCCCAAUUUCCCCCUUAAUUUUUCCUAUUUUUUUCCCCAAAUUUUCCUCCAUUUUCCCCUCCUUUUUUCCCUAUUAUUUUCCCCCAUUUUUUUCUCCAAUUUUUUCUCUCCUAUUUUCCCCAUUUUUUCCCCAUUUUCCCUCCUAUUUCCCCCAUUUAUUCCCCAUUCUUUCCCACUUUUUCCCUAAUAUUUCCCCUAUUUUCCCCCCAUUCUUUCCCAUUUUUUCCCUAAUACUUUCCCCUUUUUCCCUCCUUUUUUCCCCAUUUAAUCCCCAUUUAAUCCCCAUUUUUCCCCCAAUUUUUCCCCAUUUCCCCCCAUUUAUUCCCCCUUUUUUCCCCAUUUUUUCCCCAUUUAAUCCCCAUUUUCCCCCCACUUAUUCCCCAUUUAAUCCCCAUUAUUUCCCCCAUUUCUCCCAAUUUUUUCCCCAUUUCCCCCCCAUUUUUCCCCAUUUAUUCCCCAUUUAUUCCCCAUUUUUCCCCAUUUAAUCCCCAUUUUUCCCCAUUUAAUCCCCAUUUUAUGCCCAUUUAAUCCCCAUUUUUCCCCCAUUUAAUCCCCAUUUUUCCCCCAUUUAAUCCCCAUUUUCCCCCCAAUUUUUUCUCCAUUAUUUCCCCAUUUUUCCCCCAUCCCCCCCCAUUUUUUCCCCAUUUUUUCCCCAUUUAAUCCCCAUUUAUUUCCCAUUUAAUCCCCAUUCAAUCACCAUUAUUUUCCCCAUUUCCCCCCCAUUUUCCCCCCAUUUAAUUCCCAUUUAAUCCCCCUUUUUUCCCCAUUUAAUCCCCAUUUAAUCCCCAUUUUUUUCCCCCAUUUAAUCCCUAUUUUUUCCCCAUUUAAUCCCCAUUUAAUCCCCAUUUUUUCCCCCAUUUAAUCCCUAUUUUUCCCCCAUUUAAUCCCUAUUUUUUCCCCAUUUUUCCCCCAUUUAAUCCCCAUUUAUUCACCAUUUAAUCCCCAUUUUUUCCCCAUUAUUUCCCCCAUAUCCCCCAGUUUUUCCCCCAUUUAAUCCCUAUUUUUUCCCCAUUUUUUCCCCCAUUUCCCCCAAUUUUUUCCCCAAUUUUUUCCCCAUUCAAUCCCCAUUUUUUUCCCCUAUCCCCCCCAUUUUUCCCCCAUUUCUCCCGCGGAUCCCCCCCGAUCCCCCAUGGAAUCCCAAUGCGAUUACUCCAUGUACUUCCCCGCCGUCCCCUUCCCUCCGCGGGAAUUUUUGGCGGGAGAAUCCUCAGGUUACCGCGCUCUGCCGCGCCGCAACCACCUGUACCUGGGCGAGACCGUGCGCUUCCUGCUCGUGCUGCGCAAGAUCCCCGGCAAUCCCGACAGGAAUCCCGACAGGAAUCCCGACAGAAAUCCCGACAGAAAUCCCGACAGAAAUCCCGACAGAAAUCCCGACAAUCCCGAGGCGAUUCCCGCCAACCCCGACAGAAGCCCCGCCCACUCCUCCCGAAGCCACGCCCCCUCCGCCGCCAAUUUCCCGGGAAAAACGCCGUGGGCUCAACUCGCCGCGUCUCUCUCCGCGCUCGCCACCGUCACCAGCGGCGACAACCGGGCCCGCGAUGAGGAGGAGCCCGAUCCCGCCAAUAAUCCCGGCGAUUUCGGCGGCAAUCCCGGCGAUUUCGGCGAUUCCGAGGAUUCCCGCCAGCCGCCGCCGCUCUUCCGCGAGUGCCGCGCGCUCCUCACGCACUCGCGGGGCCCCGCGGGCAGCGCCGGCGCUUCCCAGCUCCCUGUGGACGAUCCCAUCGUCUCUCAGGACGAGGUCAUUUUCCCCCUCACCGUGGCCCUGGACCGGCUCCCGCCCGGCACCGCCAAGGCCAAGAUCGUGGUGACCGUGUGGCAGCGGGACACGGAGCCCCCGGAGCUGCAGGAGGGGACGGGGACAGGGCCAGGGCCAGCCCAGGUGACAAUGACAGGGACAGGGACAGGGCCAGGGGGGUACCUGAGGCUGCUCCAGGGCCGCGCCCCCGGCCAGGUGUUCCGGCAGCAGCACGGCGCCUUCAAGGCACAAGUGUCCACGCUGCUGACGGUGCUGCCACCGCCCCGUGUCCGCUGCCGCCAGGUGACCGUGUCCGGCAAGUACCUGACCGUGCUGAAAGUGCUCAAUGGCAGCUCCCAGGAGGAGCUGUCCCUCUGGGACGUGCAGGUGCUGCCCAAUUUCAACGCCAGUUACCUGCCCGUGAUGCCCGACGGCUCCGUGCUGCUCGUGGACGACGUCUGCCACCACUCCGGGGAGGUCCCCGUGGGGGCGUUCUGCCGUGUCCCCGGGUGCCACUCGGGGUGGCCGUGUCCCCUGAGCGCCCUGGAGGAGCAGAACUUCCUGUUCCAGCUGCAGGCGCCCGAGCGGCCGCCCCGCGACGCCAAGGAGGGCCUGGAGGUGCCGCUGGUGGCCGUGGUCCGGUGGUCGACGCCGAAGCUGCCGUUCACCAACAGCAUUGUCACCCACUACCGGCUGCCGAGCAUCCGGCUGGAGCGGCCGCGCUUCGUGAUGACGGCCACCUGCGAGUCCCCCGUGGUGGCCCUGCAGCGCUUCACGGUCACCUACACCCUGCUCAACGACCUGCAGGACUUCCUGGCCGUCCGGCUGGUCUGGACACCUGAGGCCACCGCCGGGAAGUCGCGUGGCUCGCUGGACUCCGUGGUGUGCCACACGCCGCUGACCAACCUGGGCUACUCCCGCAAGGGCAGCGCCCGCACCUUCCGCGUGGCCUUCCAGGCGCUGCGGGCCGGCCUCUUCGAGCUGUCGCAGCACAUGAAGCUGAAGCUGCAGUUCACGGCCAGCGUGAGCAGUGCCCCGGCCGAGGCGCGCCCGCUGUCCCGCAGGAGCAGCCCCAGCUCCCCGGCCGUGCGCGAGCUCGUGGCCGGCCUGGGCCGCUCCCAGUCCUUCUCCCACCAGCAGCCGGCCCGCAGCCACCUCAUGAGGUCCGGCAGUGUCAUGGAGCGCAGGGCCAUCACCCCCCCGGUGGGCUCCCCCGUGGGCCGUCCCCUGUACCUGCCCGCAGGUGACAAAGCCGUGCUGGCCCUGGACAAGAUCGCCAAGAGGGAGUGCAAGGUGCUGGUGGUGCCACCCGUCAAGUGACAGCGGGGACAGCGGGGGACAGCGGGAGACAGCGAGGGGACAGCG